AUGGAGUUACUACCAAAAUCGCAUACUGAAUUCGACUCGCCAGAAUAUUGGGAUAAAUUUUUUAAAAGACUUGGUUCUAAAACAUUUGAAUGGUAUGGUGAAUACCCUCAGCUAUGUGGAAUCUUGCAUAAAUAUGUUAAAACUAACGAUAGAAUUUUGAUGGUUGGAUGCGGUAAUUCUCAACUUUCAGCAGAUUUAUAUGAUGUUGGUAUCACAAAUAUCACCAACAUCGACAUAAGUGAUGUUGUCAUUAGACAAAUGACUGAUAAAAAUCGUACUCGAACCGAGAUGAGUUUUGUUAAAAUGGAUGUUACAGAGAUGCCAUUAGAAGAAGGAGAGUUUUCUGUAGUUCUCGAUAAAGGUACACUAGAUGCAUUAAUGGUGAAUACAGACAAUGAAGUCGUACUGACUGUAGAUAAAAUGUUUAGUGAAAUACAGCGUGUAUUAAAGCUAGGUGGACGUUAUAUCUGUAUCAGUUUAUUACAGGAUCAUAUCCUACGGAAAUUACUGGCUCAUUUUAGUCAAAGUGGUUGGCCAAUCAGGAUUCAUAGAAUACAUUCUGGGAAUCCUGCAGAUUCAGAAUUCCAGUUGCCAGUCUUUGCUGUUAUUUGUACCAAGUUUAAAAAGAUGGAGGGCAUGAAACAGGUUUGUGCUGAUCGUGAAUAUAAAAUUGAGAGAGUAGAAAAGGUAGAUAACUUAGUAAAUGUUGUGAAAGAAAUGCAGUACUAUGGUAUAUUGAGGGAACAGAUAUCUAACAACUCGAUGAGUGGACAUCAACCAUCAUUAUGUCUGUAUAAUGAAGUGGUGAAAGCUCCUAGAUAUACAUUGUACAUAGUAGAUAGCCCCAAACCCUGUGUUAAUAAAUUUGCUAUAUUUAUAGCUCCAGAAGGAAGAGAAACAGACUGGUUGUUUAGUACAGAAGCCGGUCGGCAACAACUGUCUUCUAACGCAGGGUUUCAACGUUUAGUUGUGGUUCUCCUGGAUAGAAAUCAUUCUUAUCAAAGUCUGAAGAGUAUACAAGAUGAGCUGUCAGCUAAAGUUAUGGAAUUGGCUCCUCCUUUCUACAGACCUGGCAUUAAGGUACCAUUUCUAUCUCUGGGAUCUGAUAUUGGUAAAAGAACAGUACGUAAGAAAUAUAUGAGUGAAAGUGGUGGUGACUAUAUUGUAGAAGACGUUGUUGGUGAUGAUGGUCAUAUCUUCAGACGACUCAUAUUUUUAUCCAAUCAGAGUUUGAUACAGUCAGAAGUUAAACUUGUUGUAGGUAAGUUUAUCAAGUAUUAUCUUACAGGAGAACACAAAAGAAAUAAAAAGAAAAGUGCCACCUCAGCAGAUUUGGUGAUAGAUAAAAGUUAUUUAGCUUGUCAACAUCACCACAGUAUGAUUGGUGGAUUAGCCUUUUUACCACCAGAAAGCUUCUUGAAGGAUAAGUCUACAACAUGUUUGAUUAUUGGUUUAGGAGGGGGAGCUCUACCACUCUAUAUACAUCAAAAUAUACCACAGCUGUAUAUAGAUGUAGUGGAUAUAGACCCAACUAUUGUUAAAAUAGCUAAAGAUUGGUUUGGGUUUAAAAAUGACAAUAAUCUACAAGUUCAUAUUGCUGAUGGUUUAGAUUUUAUUAAAAACUCUCCAAGUAAAGGUCAGCAAUAUGAUGUUAUAAUGUUUGAUAUUGACAGUAAAGAUCCAAGUAUAGGUUUAAGAUGUUCACCGCCAAUUUUUGUGGAAGAAGAAUUUUUGAAGACUGUGUCAUCUGUUUUGACUGAAACAGGUGUAUUUGUUUUAAAUUUAGUUUGUCGAGAUGAAGAUUUAAAGAAACACAUUACUGAUCGAAUUAAAUCUAUUUUUAAAACUGUGUAUAGCGUUAAAAGUGAGGAUGAAGUGAACACUAUAAUAUAUGGACAAAAUAUGAACACUAGUGAUUCCUCCAUUGAUACUAAAGUGAACACUGUGCACUCAAAUGUGAAAAAAUUACAAGAUUUACUACAGAAAAAUGUGAAGAAACCUCAUAUGAGUCAUGUUGAUCUUAUAGAAUCAAUGUCAAAUUUCAAAAUAGGGUGA